CGAGGGAAGGCCUGAUCAUGCAGACCAUGUUGCAGCUUCUUUUCCUGGGAGCGCUGUUGGUCGCUCCCGCACACUUCCAGCAGCCGCCUUGUGACCUUGUCAGGAACACGGUUGCACGAGGCUCGUUCAAGCUGGAUGUGGAGCCCGCGACCUACAAGCCGGGGAACAUUUAUGUCGUGUCCAUUACCGGGGUAGAAAAUGGGACCUCUGUCAUCCUGCAAGCCGCACCCACAGAAAACAGUUCUGGAGGCCUGUGGGAAAGCAAAAACAAGCUGCUUACUUGCGGCAACUCUGAGAACGUCGUGCAGAGAAACAUCUCAGGCAGUGGCACCCGAACGCGCUGGACCUCCCCCAGUGAUGCCCACGUGGCAUCUGCUCUCAUCAGGGCCUUCGUCUCCUUUUCCAACGGCACAACACUGCUGCAGACCCGGAGCCUGCUAAAAGACUUGCAAACAGCCGCCGUAGCCUCCACCCCGGCCACGGCCACGGACUUGCCGCCCGCCCGCCAGCCGACUCGCCACAACAGCGCACCCAACAGCCACGACCUCCUCAACGCAACGGCGGCCCACCACAACUUCGCCUCCGCCCACCAAGGGACGAAGGGCCCGCACAGCUCCGUCUCCGUGGCUCAGAGCAGCAAUGUCCUCCUGGCAGCCCUGCAGCUCCUCUCCAUCUCCCUCGGCUACAAGCUUCUGUGCUGAGACACAGAUCCAAACAGCUCCGCACAUACUUCCGUCUCCGCCUCCAACCUGAACGUGAAGAGUGGGCAGCGGAUCUCUGGCAGGACAGGGUCCUUCCCUGCCCACCCCACCCUUUCCUCCCCUCUCCGCUGCUAAUAGGCAUGCAUAUUUAUAAUUGCACAUUCCUUAUUUUAAGCCCUGUGUAGCCCAACUUUUGAUACAAGAGAUGCUAUGGCAUCUGUUACGGGACUCCAAAAGCCAGGCAGAGCAUGGCGGAUUUAAAGAAACCCAAACCAUGCCUUUUUAGACCCACCACAGGGGCAAACGUAGCAACGUACCAAGGGCUCCACAAACAACUGCCUCCAGCGUAGUAACCCAAACAGGCUGCAUGACCCCAGGGCCACCCGGGCCUCAGUGCCACGAAGAUGUCCCACUGCAAAAGCCAGGGGCAGACUUUGAAAAGAGAUGGUUCACAUUAGUAUAUGAGCACAAACAAAUUCGGUCUUAGAAAAAGUUGCUCCAAAGUUUCUCCAGUUCUCCUUGUAGAAGGAAAGGCCUUGAAUUUUGGAUAUGGGCCAGACCUGAGGAAUAGGAGAGGAGGCCAUGAUGAACACCACGGCCCCGUUUUAAAGCUGUUUUCGGCACGCGUGCCGGCUGGGAACCCAGCGGACAAGCCGAGCAGUGCUUGUGGUUCCUGCAGGAAGGGGAAGAGCCUGUUGCAGAAGCCUGAGCAUGAAAUUAAAUUAUGACUUGGGCACCCAUAUGACAAUCAUAGUCUUUCUUCCCCCGAGCAGGGUUCAGGGAGAGACAAACCUCCUUACUGACUUUAGCUGUUCAGCGGUGUCGCCCUGCUGGCAGGGACUUCUCACCAAGACAGUAAAAUAUUUUGCAUGCUCCAAAAUGUCCAGGUCUCUCAAUUCUUCCUGGAAACACCACCUGACGUGUUUAGAGAGGGAAUUGAGGGCUGGGGAGAAAGGAAAAGGGAAGGGAAGGGUUUGGGCCCCGUGGGCCAGGGACUUUUCUGCACUGCAGAUCCUGGACUUCGAAGAGAGCUUCUUUGAUUGCUGAUGUGUUUUGUACAGACUGUGCUUCUCUGGGAGAUGUAUUUGGAAUUCUGUCUUAUCCUAAAGACCUGGGUGCCAUUAAAAUUUCUUUGUAACUUCCCAUA